AUGGUGAAAGUAGCGAUCAUCACAGGUGCAUCGUCUGGAAUUGGGCGAUCGAGUGCCAUCGCUCUGUCAAAGAAAGGGUGGACGAUCGUCCUGUUUGCUAGGCGUCUCGAUAACCUCCAGGAAACCAAGUCCAUGUGUUCCAAUCCGUCUCAGUGCCUGACGAUUUCAGGAGACGUAUCCAGCGAGGAAGACGUGGCCAUACUCUUCCAGGAGACCGUUAAUCGCUUUGGUGGGAUGCUCUCCCUCAUUUCAUCUGUUGACGCGUUCGAUACGAUCUCAGAUCGACGAUUGGAUCUGCUCUUCAACAACGCAGGAACAAACGUCGACCAGAUACCAUUAGAAGAAUUGUCGUUCUCCGACAUCCAGAAGGUGGUCAACGUCAAUCUCAUUGGAGCCCUCCUCUGCACGCGAGAGGCGAUCAUGGUUUUCAAGGCACAGUCUCCUCAGGGUGGCCGUAUUAUCAACAAUGGGUCGAUCUCGGCUUAUACUCCUCGCCCGCAUUCAGCGCCUUACACUGCCUCAAAGCACGCCAUCCUUGGGCUCACAAAGUCCACCUUACUGGACGGGCGAAAGUUUAACAUCACCUGCACCCAAAUCGAUGUUGGUAAUGCACGCACGGACAUGUCAUCAGAUCACUUGGAUGGUGCACUGCAAGCCGAUGGACGAGUCGUUCCCGAGCUCAUGAUGAACGCCGACCACGUCGGGGACGCGGUUGCGUACAUUGCUGAGCUUCCGCACGAAGUCACCGUCCUCACGUUCAACAUCAUGGCCACUGGGAUGCCAUUCGUUGGAAGAGGCUAA